AUGCCGUGCAACGAGUCAUGCUCUAUCUCCCCGCACAGCGUGACCAACGAGCCGCGCUUUAUUAUGGAUUUUAGCAUGAACAAGGUGGCCAAGUACCUCCGCCUAUUAGGCUACGACACGCUCUGCUCGCGCGACGUGCCACAGGCCGACCUCAUCCCCGUCGCCUGCGCUGAGGGCCGAAUACUUGUGACAUGCAGUCGGCCACUAGCACGCAGUGUGCAGCUGCACAACCACCGCGUGCGUUCCAUGCGGCUUGGCACUGCAACGGCGAUGACAGGCGCUGCGCGUCACGUUGUGGCGUACGACUCGGAUGGGGAGUCCAUCUACUCGGAGGAUAGCGAGGAGGCGGACGUCGAGCUGCGGUGCCUCUUUACUCAGCAGUGGCGCAGUAACGAGUUCAAACGCGCUAUGAUCGAGCUCAUUCAACAGGCGGGGCUGACGUACGACCUGAACCGGGUCUUUCGCCGCUGCGUGACAUGCAAUGAGCUCCUUGUCACGGUGGAGAAGGAGGAGCUCCGCGGCCGCGUCGUGGCAAAGAUUUACGAGAUUUACGACGAGUUCACCGAGUGCCCGGUGUGUCGCAAAGUCUUCUGGGGCUUUGAUGGCGUUUUCGCCAUCAACUACAAGAGCUUUCGCUCCCUCAACCUGCUGCGCUCGCUGUGCAUCUGCGCUGGGGCCCCCGUGGAGGAGGAGCGGACGCGACUUACUCGGCUUCGCUGCUUUCGCUCUUUUCCGCGCAUUGCGAAAGUGCUCAUCUUCUCCUACCUGGAGGACGUGGAUCUAGCGAGCAUGAUCGUCGUUUUCCCUGCACUGCGCGACCUCGCAGAGGAAGUAAAGGAAAGCCGCCAAACAGGGGAGCCUGUCCGCAGGAUGCAGCUCAGAAAGCAUUGA